UCGACCCUCUUCUAUCUGAUUGCUGCUUCUCUAUCCCACCCUCCUCGGUUCCUAAAAGCCAGUCUACCGCGCCUAUUACUACCGAGCCCCCCACCGAUCCUUGAACGCGUCGGACCUAAGAGAAACUAUAUCCUAUGGACCGAUAUGAAUAAGGCUAUAUACAUCCAAUGGUGGCUUACAACAACAUAUGGGCAGAAACCACGAGCGGAACAUCCCCGGUGGGAUAAAAGGGGCUUAAUAUCCGAGGUUUGGACACACUUUGAACAGGGCGCAGAGAUCUCUACUGGUAGACCAUGCAUUACCUGUAAGGACUGUGGCCAGAUCUACGCGCAUAGUCCUAAAAAUGGGACGAAUAUUAUGACAAGGCAUAGAGAAAGAUGCCUACCAAAGGGUAAGCUGAAACAGAGAAAUAUCCAGGCGGCUAUCCGUACCCAGAAGAAGCAGCUUUUGGUCACAAUCACUAGCCUUCGUCUACCAUUCCAGAUCAUCGAAAACCAGCACUUUCGAGACCUUUUACGCUUGACCCAACAAGCCCCUUCCCUCCCUAUUAUCCAAACGGGUAAAACCCUUGCUCGUCAGCUUCAAAGCACCGUCCAAAUCCAACAGCAAGGCAUACUAAAUAUGCUUCCGUCAGACGCAAAGCUAUCACUUGCACUUGACUGCUGGACGUCGCCCUUUCAUCAGGCGUUUAUGGCUAUCACUGGGUAUUUCCUUGAUAAACAGUGGGAAUAUAGGCAGAUCCUACUCGGUUUCGAACCCCUCGAGGGUACACAUACUGGGGAGAACCUUGCUUUAGCCCUAUGUGCUGUUAUUGACAGACAUGGGAUUAAAGAUCAGAUUCUGGCUAUCACCACUGAUAAUGCGUCAAACAAUAAGACAAUGUUUGAUAAGGUCCAACGGAUCUAUCCAGACAUCUCUAUUGUUUAUAUUCCGUGUAUGGCGCAUGUGAUUCAGCUUAGCCUUAAUGAGCUCCUACAUCGGAUCAAAGCAAAGCCAAAGAACGACACAGUGAAUAUAGUGUGGACCGAUGAGCUACAGAAGGCUUCUACCCAGCGAGGACAGAAAGGGGAUAUUGCAAACACCCUCGAUAGGGUACGCCGGCUUGCAAUAUAUAUUAACGGAAGCCCACAAAGGCGUGCGGAAUUCCUUAGGCUUCAAUCGAUGGAACCUAGUCAAUUGGUCCCAAUUCAGGACGUCCGAACACGGUGGAAUUCCACCUAUCUGAUGUUACAAAGAGCUAAACGACUACAGCCAUACUUUAAUAGGUACUGCCAUAUUGAGUGCCUAGACAACCUGAAGCUUGAUUCCGAGGAAUGGCGACAGGUUGACUAUCUUCUUUGCCUCACAAGACCAUUCUUCCUAUACACAAGCACAUUCUCAAAGACAAAAGACGUGACUAUCCAUCAGGUGUUUAAGCUUUACAAUAAGCUAUUUAAACACCUCGAGGCGUCAAUCAGUCAGCUCAAAAAGAAGAAGAUUAAAUGGAAGCAACAGAUGCUUGUCGCUCUUGAAGCAGGCCUACAGAAGCUCCGUGAGUACUACGCAAAGACCGAUCAGCCUAAGGCUGGUAAUGUGUAUGCGCAUAGCACUAUCCUCGCACCAAAGGAUAAGUUACAGUACUUCAAACGCAAGGAAUGGUCUGGUGGGCCAGAGGGCUCUACUCAGACAUGGGCCGAACACUAUCACAGCACCCUUCAAGAUCGGAUUAAAGCUUAUCAAUUCGAAGAGAAUAACACCCUUCUAUCUAAAGCUUAUACACAAGGGUCGGAACUUGAUCGGUUACUCGAAGAUGAAGGUGAAUCUAACCUAGACCGGGAUGAACUCGCACGGUAUCUUCAAGCCGGUGUUAUACGCACUACCCCUCAGGCCUUCUGGAGAGACCAUCAAUUUGAAUAUCCUACCCUCGCACGGGUAGCCCGCGAUAUCUUCUCUAUUCCCGCUACUGGUGCGGGGGUAGAGAGGCUAUUUAAUUCAGCCCGCGAUGUUUGUCAUUAUCGCCGAGGUCGUCUGAACUCAACAACUAUCCAGGAUCUAAUGAUGUUCUCUUGCCUUACUCAAUUUGAGAUAGAAGAUGAACAGCUUGAACUAGCUCGGGCUCUAGAGAUCCCUGAAGAAGGUGAAAAUGAGAAGAUUUCACCUUCGUUAGAAGGGAUUGAUCCAAUCAGCGAUACUGAGGAAGGUGACGAUGAAGUGAGGCUAUCUGUGAGGGCAGGGAAGAGACGAAAGAGUGUUUUGUCUGAUCAUGAAAGUGAGCAAAGUGAUAAUGAUAAUAGUGGUUUACCCUUAAUGAGCCAAGUACGGCAUUCUGGAAGGGUAAGGAAGGCGCCGAGGAUACAUGAAGGGUUCGAAAUUAGUAAAUAG